AUGGGAUCCAACCCAAAAAGGACAGUGACCGUCCAGAUGGUGCCUCAGCUGGCUGCGGCCGAUACGCUCGCCAAUAAGGAGUCCAACGCCAACUGGACCACGGACCCUGACCUGAAACUUCCCAAAGUUUGUCACGCGUCACCCGGUGGCAAACAGGAACAGACUGCGUCGCCGGUGCCAAAUAGCGCCCUCAAAAAGACAGUGGACGCAUCAGGCAAAGGUGUGGCCGAAGCAGCAGAGCUAAGGGAUGCUAAUGCUAAUAUUAGCAACACGUUAAACCAAGCAGACGAAAAUACCUGUAAGAUUACAGGCUGUCGGGUAAAAGCGCCUGAAGAAGAGGCGCGGAAUAGCUCAUCAAAUCUAAACAGUGUCCAAGACUCGAGACACGUAGUGCCUGAAACGGAUCUGAAGGCUGAUGCAGUGAGCGUGGUAGUACAAAAAGACAAGGACAUUUCAAGUCCGAUGGAACCUGGCCACAAACGAAGACACUCGGUUUCCCUUCAGGAGCCGCCUGAGCUUAAGCAAAGCUCAGAAACUGCGCCCUCGCUCACCUCGACUUUGCCUUUGUCCAACAGCCAGAACGUCAAAGAAGUAUCCAUAGACAAAGUAACUAUAGAUAAAGUAGCUAUAGACAAAUUAUCUAUAGAGAAAAUAUCUGUUGAACAAGUAGCUGUAGACAAACACCUUCCAGUUCAGACAUGCAACCAAGUCCAGGAACUUGAGGAACGUCAUACCGAGCCUUGCCGCAAGCUCUACAGGGAGGCUUCCACCAUGACCUCCCCUCGAUUGCCCUUCGCCACGGCCGAUCGGGGUCGUGACGCUGAGGUCCAGGCGGUAGCUAGCACCAGCUGCAAGGCCGUGUCCACCAGCCCGAGCCUACUUCCGUUCAGGCCAAACCCUGCCAUCCUCGAUGAGGCGCAGAGCCUCUCCGUCGUAUACCGGCCCGACGGUAGUUUGGGCUUCUGCCAGAUCGGAUCGCCGAUGAAUAUGACCGCGGAAAGGGUCACCGUGGAAGCAGAAAUGUGUACUAACACCGCAGUGGACUCGAAGCUAGGGGCAAAGCCUAAGGAAAGCACCUCGACUCUCAGCAGCAUCCAACCAGUGUAUCAGAUCAACAUCGAGCACGGCAAUCGCAAGGAUACGGAGAACAGAAACGUGGUGGAGAUACCGGCAACCAAGUUAAAAGAAUCCCCAAAGACGGACAUCCCUGUCAAGCCUGGAUUUGCAGAUAAGGCCGUCACAGCCCAAACUGGACUCUCCAAGUCCGAGGAACCAAAAGGUACAAAAGACUCUGAAAAGGAGACCGAUUCCGGUAAGCAACAGACGGACAUCAAGGGAGGCAACGAUGACAAGCAGCAACGAAAGAGUGUCCACGACGUGGUCUGGGACGAACAGGGUAUGACCUGGGAGGUCUACGGCGCCUCUGUGGACCCAGAAUCCCUCGGUUUCGCCAUCCAAAGCCACCUGCAGUGCAAGAUAAAGGAGCAGGAGCGGAAACUGAUUGCCCAGACCUCCUUCCGCAAGUCCAUCACCGGCCUGGACUCGCCAAGGGCGGGCAAGAAGAGUAAGCGGCGACAACACAACCCGUUUCGCUCCAUGCUGCGGAACGUGCGCCGCCCCAACUGCUGCGCGCGUCCCCCUCCCUCCGCAGUCCUUGAUUAG